AUGAAUGAAAUUUCCUGGAAAGAUGUUGCCAAUGUCUUGUCAUUGGCCAACAUGGUCAUGGGGCUCUUCUCCAUCUUCUGCAGCCUCAGCAAGAAAUCCACCUGUGCUUCCUGGAUGGUUCUGAUCAGCUUCCUAACGGACAUGGCAGUCAGGACAAUCACCAGACAUCUCAAUGUCUGCUCCAAAUCAGGAGCUGAGCUGAAUGACUUUGCUGUCUUCACCACCUUUGGCCUGGCCUCAGCCUUGCUCCUAGGCGUGGAUGGGCCUCUGAAUGGGUUCCUGGCCAUCAUCUAUGUGUUAGCUGCUUCUUUCCGCCUGUGUUUUAAUUCAACUGGAGACUUUCCCUUCACAUACAAGGGUCUACCCUGCUCCUAUGCUUCCUGUGUUCUGGCCUCCACCUCCAUUCUGACCAAAGGCAACACGCUCAUUCUCUCCUGCAUGGCCUCGCUUAUGAUUCUAUUCAUGAUGGACCAGAGCUACUACCCACACGAUGAAAUCCUGGAAUCUGAGAAUUGGAAAAAAGUCGUUUAUCUUGGAGGUGUCACCAUGCUGCUUUUUUCUCCGUUCUCACUAAUUGCUUUUUACUGCCUCACGUGGUCGCUCUCCUACAUCUUCUUUCCAGGUGUUCUGUGGGGCAAGGCAGUGUGUCUUAGGCAAGAGCGGCUAAGAAACUAA